AUGUUGGUGAUGUAAAUUGGGUUGUAUUCCAUCAUCAAAUGAUAAUUGUUGUUUCUGGUUCAGACAAGUUAUAAAAUGUGAACAUAUAAUGAGACAAAAGCUUGAGAAGUUGAUAUUUAUCGAGGAUAAUAUUAUAAUACAUAUUAUAUAUAUAUAUAUAUAAUCUAUUCGUAUUAUUCUAUCCAAAUCCAGAGUUGAUUUUGUGGAUAAACGUAUUCGAGUUUGGGAUAUGCAAAAACGCACAAGACUUCAUGUUUUCAGGUAAUUUUGAGAUUUUGUGCAGAAAUAUGUAUAUCUCAAAUUCGAGAAAGAAAAUCUACUUAUAUAUAUACAAGAAUGAUACACCGGCUAUCGCCGGUGUUCAUUCUUGUUUUGCUACGCAGCCUUCGGCUGCGGUUAUGGAAAAAUUAAUUUAUGUAUAUCUGCAAGGUUUUCUGAAAGUAAUCUCCUUCCUAGUUUGCAGACCAAAUUCAGAAGUAAAAACCAAAAAGAUAUUUCCAAACUUUUGAGCCACUCAAUUUUUUUUUCUGAAAAUAAGGCGAUUUCGAAGAAUUCUAAUUUUCCAAUUAACUUUACUUGAAAGUUCCGGAAAAUACGGAAAGUUUUCGGCACAGGCUUUAAUUAUAACAAAUGUUUUAUGAAAAUUUUCUAUACAUAAAAUUGGUCCUUAGAAUCAAGGUGAGAGGCUUAAUUUUUCUCAAGAAUCUAAAGAAAAUGGUACCUAACUUGGCCACUCUUUCUGCUAACAAUUCACAGAGUUUCCAUGAAUACAAAAAAAAUCUGUAGUUGUCGAACAAUGAUUCACAAACUUGUAUUUUUCAUUGAAAAGUGCAUUAAAUUUCUGAAAUAGCGAACACAGGCUCCGGAAAAAUAGCUGAUCUUCAUAUUUUUCUUUUAAGAACAACAUCUUUUCAUAAACUUUUCAGAUAGCUUUUGUUUGCAUUCUCUUUUUCAAAAUAUGAAGAGCACCUACUUUUCCAUGGUCCAUUUUCACACACUUUCCGAAAAUCCAACUAUGUAGGAGAUGUUUCACUUUUUUAUGAAAAUUACGUCGCUUUUAGUCCCAUCCCUGAUGGGGUGAUUCAAGUCGAAAAAAAAUUAGUAAAAAAAUUUUUUUGACAAAAAUUUCGAUUCAGCAAAUGUCAAAAAACUAUAUUUUUUCCUAUUUUUGACAUUUUUUUUACAUUGCAAUAUUUUCGCUUUGAGAUAUUUUUCAUUUUUGUGUGGAAAAAAUGUCAAAAAAUAGAAAAAAAAACAUUUUUUUUGACAUUGCUGAAUAGAAACUUUUUUGUCUAAAAAUGUUUUUUAUUAUUUUUUUUCAACCUGAAUCACUCCAUUAGUUUGUGUCAGGUCUCAAAAAACUCGAAAUUUUUCGGUCGUAAAUUACAAACUGUGAAAAUGAAAUUUUCGUAAAAAUUCUUUGUAAACUUAUCUUUUGGAGUCAGAUCAAAAACAUUAACUUAAUAGCUCUGCCCAAAAAAUACGACACUUUUAUGAUGACACUUUUAUGAGAAUCAGGCAGAUAAUUAUGACUUCACUUCAUAAUUCAGGUAAAAGAGUAACACUCAAGCGAGUUUGAUAGUUUAGUUCAAUUUCUUAUGAUCUCUUCUUCCGAAACUUAUCAAAAUUGAAGUGGAAUAAGAUCAUUAUGUGAAUUCUUUUCGGAAUCUUGAAAUGAAAAAAGAUUAAAAGAUUUUCACGUCUGAAUUAAAAAUUCGAAAGUGGGGCAUUUAUAUAGGUCAAACGGGACAUAAGCCCAAUAAUAUAUAAGUAUGAUAAUAUAUAAGUAUGAUAUGUGAAUUCUUUUCGGAAUCUUCUCAGAGAAUAAGAACGGAAAUCCAGUGGACAAAGUCCUCCGCUGGAGUUCCGAAAUAGCGAAUUUCGGAAUCCCGUCGGAGAGAUCUCUCCGGCGGACUUCCAGAUAUGUUUUUUCGCCAGAACGACAAAAACGGACUCCAAAACUUGGAAAACCAGUGGAGAACAUUGUCCGCUGGAGUUCCGGAAUGAGUUUUGGCUUUCUUUUGGAAUUCCAGCGGAGAAUUCUCUCCGGCGGAGUUACCAAUUGUGUCCAGAAAGACUACGGCGGAGAGAAGAAAUGAAUUUUUGACUUAUGAGUUGAAACUUCAAUUUUCAUGUUUUUUCCAUAAGGUUUUCGGUUAGACGUUGAGGAACAAACUUUUUGAUUAGACUAUCAAAUUGUGAACGGAAAAAUGAAUUUUUGAAAAGUUUUAGUUCGUGAAUUUCAUGAAGUUCCUCCCAACUUCAAAGACUGGAAAACAGUUGCCUCAUUAUGAAUUUAUGGACUAAACUUACUCGUUUCUGACAGAAAAAAGUUGUACUGUAAUUUCAAUUUUUUGAAUGUCUCACAUUAAAGCUAUUGAUAAAAAUUAGAUCCUGAAUUCAACGAAACUAUUUUUUCUGGUUAAAAUCUGGUAUAAUUUCAAGGAUUACCUGUUCAGGAAGUAUUAUCAUCUCUUUUCUUAAAAGUAUUCAUGAAUUAGAAAAUUUAAAUCAGCCUGAGAAAAUUUUUCGUUACUUUUCAAGUGAAAAUUAUAAACACAUGCUUCGAAAAUUGAAAUUUCAGCACUCUUCUACGAACAUUUUUAAAUCAAAAAACUUAAGAUUAAAAUGUUGAAUGUUGACUCUCUGGAGUUAAAAACAUCAUUUUUGUAUGUUUUUCAAGAAAUAUUUGGAAAACUAGAUAAAUCUCAUAUGAAACAGCUUUCAAAUAAUUAAUUUUAAUCCUUAAAUAGCUAAUUUGUGUUUCAAAAGUAUGAACAUAUACAAAUUCGGGUGAUACAAAAUAUAUAAAGACCAAUCACCGCCGCUGUUUCUAUGCGCGUGGAUGGUGUAUUUGGGUGAAUGGCUGCCUAUUGAUCCACCCACAAUAGCCAGGUUCGACCCCCCGCUAGUGGCAGAUCAAAAUAGACUACUUCGAAAUCAAACCGACUUAUCAUAAAUCAGUUUCAGAUGCUUCAAAUAGGUUCCAGAUGACAAAAACAGCUUCAGAUAGAAGCCCCAUCAACCUCAUAUUUUCCUUUUUAAUUUUGAAAAUUUUGCCUCCCGGAGUUCCGGCGGAGAGUUUUCGGACUUCCAGCGGUGGUAGAAUGGAAUUCCGGUUUCUCUCCGCCGGAACUCCGAAAACUCUCCACUGGUCUUCCGUUCUUAUUCUCUGAGUUGAAAUGAAAAAAGAUUAAAAGAUUUUCACGUCUGAAUUAAAAAUUCGAAAGUGGGGCAUUUAUAUAGGUCAAACGGGACAUAAGCCCAAUAAUAUAUAAGUAUGAUAUAUUUCUGGAAAAAAUGUGACGUCGAGCUGAAGUUUCAUAAGCUCGAGUCUUCAGAUCGUCAGAAUUUUGUGAUUUUUCGAGCAAAAUCCAACUUUUCAAAUUUUCAGACACAAGAACGAACGCUUGUGGGUCGUUGCUGCUUAUCCAAGUUUGAAUAUGUUUGCCGCCGGACAUGACAACGGAAUGGUUGUUUUCAAAAUUCAAACAGAACAUCCAGCUUAUUUUGUCAAUGAGAAUCUCGUUUUUUAUGUCAAAGAUAAACAAUUGAGAAAACUCGAUUUCACCACAAACUUAGUUUUGAAGAAAUAUUGGUAG